GGGAUGGCAAAUGAGCCAGGCCGGAUUCGAACCCUGGGUGCAACCCUUGCAAUGUGCUUGCAAUGUGCAUCACAGCGCCCUGAAUAGUCAUUUUCAUGAUGUUCUACACUGGAGCUGCAAUGAACCCUGCCAGAGCCUUCACCCCUGCUAUGUUCAAGACGAACUUCAUGAAUCACGGGGUGCACUGGGUGGGUCCCAUGAUCUGUGGUGGUAUGUGCGCAGUCAUGUAUGACUUCAUGCUCUUCCCCAGUAUUUGUGGCCUGGCCACCCUGAAAGGCAGCCAGCCUCUGGAGCACCUGAGGGGAGCCCAUCAAGUUCAAGACCCAGACACUAUACCGUAAGGCUGCCACCAAGCCAGGGGAAG